AUGGCCAAAUACGUCCUCAUAUCGCUCCCUUCAACCUUCGACUCUCUUAAAGGCACUAUAGCCGACAAUGGCACCGUCGUACAAUUCCCCAUCCCUAACUUCAAGAUCGGUACUUUGGAUGCCCUAGUCCAGCAAGCAGAUGACCUAGCCAAGCUCGACUCGGCUUGCCAGGCUUUGGUAGCCAAGGUUGGCGAUUCUCUACGCACCCUAUAUGAUGGCGAUGACCAGAAGGCUUCUGAGCAGAAGAUUGUCAACGACAAGCCGACCGAUCAGUAUCUUCGCUCGUUUUCUUGGAACACGGUCCGUUACAGAGCCGAUAAACCAGUGGGCGAACUCUUGAGCGGUCUACAAAAGGACCUAGUAACGACAGACAACGAUGUCAAGGGCAAGCUCAACCAGCAUAACCAAGUUAAAACAAAUCUGACCGCAUUACAAAGAAAACAAACUGGCAACCUUGCUACAAAGUCACUCACACCCAUCGUCGACCCAGCUGUUCUUGUCCAAGACUCCGAAUACCUCGAGACACAUCUGAUCGCAGUACCAGGAAACCUGCGAAAGGAUUUCAUCAAGAGCUACGAGACACUGACGGAACGCGUAGUUCCACGGUCAGCAAUAGAACUUGCACAUGACGAUGAAUUUAUCCUGUACGCAGUCACGACAUUCAAGAAAAACGGAGCCGAGUUCCAGCAGAAGUGUCGAGAGCAGAAAUGGACGCCCCGCCAGUACAAGUACGUCGAGGGUGGCAAGGAAGAAGAGAAGCGUGAGUUUGAGCGCGUCGCCCGGGAGGAGAAGAAAGUCUGGGGGGAAGCUUUGCGCAUGGUCCACACCGGCUGGAGUGAAAGUGUCAUGAUCUGGGCCCACGUUAUGGCACUCCGGGUCUUCGUCGAGUCUGUCCUACGUUACGGUCUACCCCUCGAGUUUGUGCCUGCUCUUGUAGUGACAAACUCUAAACUUGUCAAGAAGGUUAAAACAGCACUGGAUACGUCAUACUCGUACCUAGGAGGCAACGCUGUCGGCCGAGAUAAGCGAGGGAAGAUAACCAAGGACGAUGCCGCUUUAACAUCUGAAAUGGCAGCCGCAGGUGUAGCAGGCCAUGGUGAAGGGAACGAGUAUACGGCCUAUGUUUAUUACGAAUUUGAAUUGUAG